AUGCUUCAAGAGUACUUGAGAAAUCAAGAUGAGAGUACAAAGAAGAUGGAGAGAAGAAUCGAUUUCAUCCAUGAGAGCCUUGGAAACAAAUCUGAAGUCCUAUUCAAGCAAGUGAUCAAGCUUGAUGAAGACAUUAAGAAGUUAAGAGAGGAUCAUGAUCGAUCUUUGACCCUAGUUAAGCUUGAUGUUGCUUCCAAAUAUCAAGAGUUGCUGAACAAGAGCAUGAGAAUUGAAGAUACUAGCUAUGGCAAUAGCAAACAUCUUGGAUCGAUCUACAACCGCCUACAAGCCCUUGAAGGAUCAUCUCAUGCCAAUUACAAGAGAGAGAGGAGUCCAACACCCAACCACCCUCCCUUUUAUUGCAAUGCCAUCACAAGAAGAAGCACUACUCAAGUCCAUGAGGACAAUGAAGAAGAAGAAAGAGAGUAUGAGGAACAAUUGAAUGAUGAAGAUGAAGAGCAGAGCAUCGACAUCAAUGCUUCCCCAAAACAGAGCAUGGAUACACCAAGCCCUAGAGACCCUCGUUUCUCACCAAGAAGUCAAGCUUCUACACUUCCAAGAUUGGAAGCAAUGCAAAGACCAUCACCACCUACUGAAGAAGAAGAUACUUGGCAGUAUGAUCCCAUUGAUCCCAACAAGAUAAGCCCCAUGAAGCUUAAAGAGUUCAAUGCUAAGGUGAAAUCACUUCCAUUCUAUGUCACUUUUGAAGAAGCUUGGGAUAAACAUGGUCUAGUGGAGUUCUUUUUCACAACUAGUGAAAACAAAGAAGAGAUACACCAACUUUUCAGGAAGGCUCGAUUUCCCCUUGCCCCUCAUGGAGUCAAUCAACCACCAUCACCACCAUCAUCACCACCACCCAGUGGUAUGUCAAUUCCAUAUCAAGAGAGAAGCUUGCUGAGUUCAAUCAGUUUGUCCAAACUCUUCCAGCCAGCAUGUCUUUCAAACAAGCUUGGCGCCACUACCCAUUCACCACCUUCUUCCACAACUGCAAGGAGACACCUGAGGACAUAA